CCAGGCUCGCCAGCAGGCCUGGCAGGCAAUCAGUAAGGAGCAACGAGAACUCAUCAUGACAUUCCAGGAGCCCCAGUGAUGCCCCACAGGCUCUGCUGAGACAGUUCAUCAUCCUAAAGCACUGAUAGGACAAGCUCCGGCCAUGGCGGAUGUACUGGAAAUAACCCUGCUGAGGCCAUGCCCCCUUGCCAGGGCCACAGGACCCUAUAAAGACACCCAGGGAGCCAGGGCUGCACUCAGCCCAGCACAGGGAGGCACCAUGAAGUCCCUGGUCCUGCUGACUCUCUUGGCCCUGCUCACCCUUGGCCUCUGCCGCAGAGCUGCCGAUGGCUCUGCCAGCACCAAGGACUCGCCCAGCUCCGAAGCCUUUGUCUCCAGACGCGCCAGCGCCGAGCUGGUGCAGAGGCAGAAGCGCAAUAUCGGCUAUGGCAGCAGCGUCCCUGGAGCCCCCCCGGACCCGCUGGAGGCCAAGCGUGAGGUGUGCGAGCUCAACCCCGACUGUGACGAGCUGGCGGACCAGAUCGGGCUGCAGGAAGCCUACCGGCGCUACUACGGGCUCGCGUAGCCCCAGCCCGGCUUGGGGCGGGGGCUGAGCUCCAGAAACCCCCGUCAGCCCCUCCCCGCCCCCCGCACCUUCACCCUCCCACCCUCUCUGUUAGCCCUGGAAAGAAAUAAAUGCAAACCGUAGAGCCA